AAAAGCCCAAAUUCAGAGAUGCUUUAUUUUGUGUAAGAUGCAUCGAGCCUACCAGCCAAUUUUACCAUGUGGCAACAAAUAUCUUCAGCUAAAAUGGGACAAAGCAAAGUAUGAAGAACACAAGAAAAGGAUCCUGGCAGCGAAACCAUUAGUGGACACAAGUACCCCUGCAACAUAUGGACAUCUUCAUCUGAAGUUAGGGAAGCUGAAGUUGGAGGAAGAUCGACUUUCAGUCAUCGAAAGAGACAACCGUUUGCUGCUGGAGAAGAUGUCCUGCAUCAUGAGGACAAAAGGACAAAUCGACAAUAAAAAUGACUAUAAGGCCAAAAGGUAA